AUGUGCGAAUCGAUCAAUACAACAGCUAGAAGUGAAGGAGGCUUAAAUUCGCAACUAUCAUUUUAUGAAUAUCCACCACAUAAACCAUUUACUAAUUCAAUACAUCAACCAUUAAGACCAUCACAUAAUCUAUCUAGAACAGUUACUUUACCUGAAUCUAAUCGUGAUCAAUUAUUAUCGUCACUGCAAUCAUUAUCAUUAAAAAUAAAAACUCUUGAAAAUGAACGAGAACAAGCUGAAUUGAGUCUACAUGAAAUAACAAGUGGCCUCUCUCAAACAUCAAGUUGUCGUCGAGAUCGGGAUCCACUUAAAAAUAUCGAUGAACAACUAAUACAAGCAGAAGAGAAUUUUCGUCGUCUUCAAAAUCAACAUAAACGAGUUCUUCAAGUAUUCAAUGGGCCUCAAUCUUCAAAACCUCGAAUGAAACGAAAAAAGAAACGAUCACCUUACGACAAUCACAGCUUUGAUUCACCGACAAAUGCUGAAGGAAGACAUUAUCAUUUAGACAUGAAUCAUGUUCCUUUUAUACUUGGACAAUCAACAUCACCAAGUCAUAAUGUUAAAUCAAAUGUACAAAAUGUUAUUGCUUUAUUAAAAAAUCAUAAUCAUCAAUUAUGUUUAUCAUCAAAAGAAUAUGCGAAUCUUGUUCAUCCUCGUCGUAAAAGUGAAUUAUCUCCACAUGCACUUCUUUAUCUCGAUAGUUAUAACAAACAAUCGAAUCGACCUUCAUCUGCUUCACCAAUCCGUUCAACUCGUCGUCCGAUAGCAAUUUCUACAACACGUCGUCCACAAACAGCGUCUACUAUAGAUAAUCAAUCUUUUUCACAUAUAAAACGUCUACGUCGAGAAUAUGUUAUACUUUCUCGUGAACAUGCAAGAUUAUAUUCAUCGAAAACAAAUUUAGAUGAUUUAGAAAUCUUAACUCGAAGAAUGGAAAAUAUUUUAGAAGAAUUAGAACAAUUACAACGGCAACAUAUGUUCUCAUCUCAAAAUCAUUCAGAACAAGAUCUUAAUGAAACGCCAAUAGAAACUUUGAAGCGAACAAGAUUACUUCAACUUAUUCUCAAAGACCCUAUUACUAAGCAACAAAAACAUUAA